AGUCUCUGCUUUCCGAUAUUCGGGUGCCAGGCGAAAUCCGCAUUCCUUAGGCUACGUCAGCUCCACCGGGCUCUCCUGCACAGUGUCCAUCUCCGCCAUGAACAGUGAAAGCCAACCGCGUGCCUCAGUUGAUUAGUGACCGUUUCAUCUCCUCAAGAAAAUGGUAUGGUGCCCGAACUGCGUCAGGGACUGUCGUGUAGACCGUGAUCAUGCUAGUGGAUACAUAUGUUGUUCUGAAUGCGGAAGAAUACACUAUCAAGAUGUCUUCACAGAUGAGCCCACAUUCGUCAAGGGACCAGGAGGAGAGAGCCGUUUGGCUGGCAGUUUUGUGAGGAGCAUUCAAAGCGAUUGUUCAGAAUCAUUUAAAAGAACAUUAGAGAAUGGAAGUAGGCAAAUUAAUGAUUUGAUGAUAAAACUGGAUAUCCCUGACGAGUCUUUAGGUGCACAAGCAGCUUCAUUUUAUCGGAUUGCAGUUGAGCGUAGCUUCACCAAAGGACGUAGAACUGCUCAUGUUGCAGCAGCUUGCCUCUACAUUGCUUGCAGGGCCAAUGACAAGCCAUAUUUACUUAUUGAUUUUUCCAUUUGGUUGAGUGUAAAUGUUUAUGUGUUGGGAGCUGUCUAUCUACAGCUUUGCAAAGUUUUGAACCUUGAAGAGCAUCCAUUUGUUCAGAAACCUAUUGAUCCUAGCCUUUUUAUGCAUCGAUUUACAAGUGCUUUAAUGAAAGGCGACUAUAAAAAUAAGGUUUGGAAGACAGCACUGCAAAUAGUUGCCAGCAUGAAGCGAGACUGGAUGCAGACAGGCAGAAAACCAAGUGGGAUAUGCGGUGCUGCAUUGUACAUCUCUGCACUUUCACAUGGGUGUAGUUACUCAAAGUCAGAAAUUGUGAAAAUUGUUCAUAUAUGUGAAGCAACACUGACCAAAAGGUUGGUUGAGUUUGAGAAUACAAAAUCUGGAAGCUUAACAAUUGAGGAAUUCAAUCAGAAUGCUGAAGAGUUUGAAAAGGAGAAUCAUUCAUCCACAUCACCAGAUGUAUACCUGCAGGAGUCUGGCAAAAAGGAAGUGCUUUGCCAACACAAAGGAAAAGAACCUCAUUUUGCUCAUGGGCUUUGCAGCAGCUGCUAUAAAGAUUUCAUUGAACUCUCUGGAGGACUUGAUGAAGGAUGUGAACCUCCAGCGUUCCAGGUUGCUGAAAGGGAUAGAUUAGCCCGAGCAUCUGCUGAGAAGGAAGGAAGCACUGAUCAGGCAAAUCAAGAUAGUUGUAACCAUGAGAAAGAAGCGGUGCCAGUGUCAGCAAGUGCUUCUGCCCCUCAGAAUCUGAACAAAGGUUGUGAUGACACAUUUAGCAAAGAUGAUGAUAUUCCAUCUGUCACAGAUGAGACAGAUAACCUUUCUGAUAUUGAUGAUGUAGAGGUCAAUUCCUACCUUAAUAGUAAGGAAGAAAGCCACUAUAAGAAGAUUAUCUGGGAACAAAUGAAUAAGGAAUACGUUAAGGAACAAGCAGCUAAGGAAGCGGCUGCUGCUUUACGAGAUUGUGGUGAAGUUACAGAUGAUGUCCUUGCAGCACGGAAACUUGCAGCUGCAGCUGCUGCUGCUGUGGCAAAAUCAAGAGAUCAACAAAAACUGAAGAGAGCUGAAUCUAAAAAUGCUGGCCCAGCUCCAACUGCUGCUGAAGCAACCCGUCAGAUGCUGAUGAAAAAGGGGUUAAGUUCGAAAAUUAAUUAUGACGUUCUGGAGAAACUAUUUGAUGAGAGUUGCAGAACAUGGGGAAAGAAUGGAGAUAAGGCUGUUUGGAUUGAAGUUGAACUGCUUAGCAGAUGUAGGAUAACUUAUAUGUAAUGUGGUUUUUGACAUCUAAUCGGUGCUCCUUUGUUUGAAAUAAUGAAAGAUCCAUUGUGUUAAGCUCUGUACUUUUUUUCACUUGAUUAAGCUUUUUCUGUUAGAAAAGGUUUGGGCUCUGCAGAGUGGAUAGUCCAUUUUCGCUUCCCAGAUUUUGAAGACUAGUUAUAAAUCUUGCUUUCAUGCUUUCUCCGUUCCUGAAUGUGUGUUCUUUAAUGCGCUUUAAUUACAUCCUCUAGCAACUGUGGUAUUUUUAGUCCAAGAAAGAUUGCGCUACUCCAACAUAAUUCUAAUUCAAAAACAUAAUAACAUUUCUUGAGUUCAAUCCUGUGGAUCAGUAUUGAGUCAAGUUUGAGCUUUAGGAAACGGGUUCACUUUGAAUUCGACCUAUGCCGAGUCUAGUUGAGCUACGUCGAACAAUCUCAAAACGAACCAACUGCAGUCGCAGGGCUGGAUAAUCUUUUUUCUGAUUAGGUCUUAGAUUCAGUUCUUCUCCUGUUCUAUUUGGUUUGGAAGGUUUGAUAUAUCAGCUUUGAUAAGGAGAAUGUAGUUUACUUCAUUACUGAUUUCAUUCAAAAUGUGUUUCUUUUGCCAGCCUUCGGUCCAAUUAUGGCAAGUGUUUCUUUGCUUGAUCUUAUAUUUUUAAGUUUGUAUUUAGUUCUCUUAGUGACUUGUACAA